CAUUUUGAAUCCAACACAGAUAUUUUAAUUGCAAUAUGGGCUAUAGCAUGAAGUAUCGGCAGCGUUGGAAACGAUUAGCCAUGAUAAGUGCUGGUGUUUCAGCUCUGUUUUGCUGGUGGGUUAUCCAUAGGACGAUUCCAAUACGAAUUUAUUCUCGGCAACAGUCUGCACGCAAUAUUGAGUUGAAAAGUAGCGAUGUCCUUCCCCCUACAACUGUUCCUACUGGGUUGAAUGAACCGACCCCAAAAGUUAUUCAAUACAGCAAGCCUGCUCCUACGACGACACCGAAAAAGAAACCUUUAAUUUUGUAUUGGGGGACAAGCUAUGAUGAUGCUGGGCUCGGUGCUGAAUGCUCUGUGACUUAUGACCAAAGCAGAUUGCCAGAAGCGGAUGCAGUCCUAUUUCAUUUUACCAAAAUCGGUAAAAAUGAUAUCCCGUGGAGACAUUAUAGGGACAAGCAUCAGAUAUUUGUAUGGUGGUGUGCCGAAGCCCCCGCUAAUUUUGGUCGCGAAGCUCUACUUGAGUUUGAUGGUGGUUUCUUUAACUGGACAUGGACAUACAUGAGGAGUGCAGAUGCGCAUAGGACGUAUGGAUUCAGAAAGGCGGCACUGGAUUUCGUUACAAAAGGAAAUCAAACAGUCAAUGACAUAAUUUCGCACAAAAAGAAAAUGGCUCUUUGGGGGGUAAGUCAUUGCGGUGGUUCAAUUGGUGCCAACAAGCGAAUGGAAUAUUAUAAAGCACUUGUGGCAGCUGGGUUAGAGGUCACUGCGUACGGAGGAUGUUUUCCUGGCUCAGAAAACAUCCCUAGGCCAUUUCCGAUGCUCUUUGAACCGAAGUGGAAAGAACAUAAGUUUUACUUCGCCUUUGAAAACGCGAUACAUUGUCGCGAUUAUAUCACGGAAAAGUUUUGGGACAAUGCUUUAAAGAACGAUAUGGUUCCAGUGGUUUGGGGUCCGACAAAAGAAGACGUGUUGUCGGUUGCUCCGCUCGAUUCCUUCAUUCACACCGACGACUUCGAUAGCCCAGCAAAGCUCGCUGAGUAUUUGCAAUUCCUCGAUAAAAACGACGAUGAGUACAGAAAAUACUUUCGCUGGAGAGAGGACGAGACAAUGACAGAUGAAAAGAUGAUCCGAAUGACGCAGGAAAAAUACCCGAACAUAACAGUCGAAGGAACUCCUAUAAACCUGUGCAAACGAUUGAUAGAAAACCAAGAAACAAAAAUCAUUGAUUCCCUGAAUGCUCAAUUUAUUCUUUCCGAACAAGAUAAAUGUCUGAUUUAAUAUAAGGUAGAGUGGGGGAAGAUGGGACACCUUUGGCACAUAAUAUCCAAACAUCCUGACCGCCUUUUAAACAAUUAAUAACGGUCUAUGGGAGUCGUGAGGAUACGGUUUAAGAAUUCUUAGAAUGUUUUUGUUUACAACCAAAUGGGACGAGAAAAUGGAAUGAAAAGAUGUCCCAUCUUCCCCCCCUACUCUAUAAGCAGUUUAGCUUUUAAUUGCCAUAUAUUCGGAAUCCUUUUAGUUCAAUUUAUUACAAUUUAUUGCAUGCUUGUAAAUGGUCGUUUUUUUAAUUCUGUAGGUAUUCAAUACAAUAUUAUUAAA